AUGGAUUUUAAUCUCUCAAAGUCAUAUUUGCCAUAGAAAAUACAAGUCAAUCGUGAUUCAUCGGCCAAAAAGCUGAGCAACUCAGAAGUGAAUGCUGCUAUGCAAAAAUACUUCUAAUUACUCAAAAAGAAAGAGGGAAAAGUUUAGCAUCCAAUAAUCACUCCAACUCAAUCCUCCAAGAUUUUAAGCUAAUUGGUGACAAAGGUGUCCCCUUAACUGGAUAUUCAUUUACCUGUAAAACCCCCAACUCCAACUGGAACUUAAUCAUAUCGACCAUCGACUGAAAAGAAACCACAUCAUCGUCCUCAGCAAUCUGUUGGUUAGAACAAGGAUCUUAUCCUGAAGAAACUGCAGAGUGCUUUGUUUCAAAAGCCAAAAACACAAUCACAAUAGGUUACUCCAAAAAGUGCUGGGAAGGGCAGUCUAAGUGUUAAUAAAUAUUUUGAGAGCACUAAGAAGUUAAGUACGGAUCAACAACAAUAUUACAUAACCAAAGUGAGGAAUGCAUUUAGCAAACCUAUUCAUGAUGACUACUUUAGUAGAAUGUACAGAGAGCAUUUUCUUUAAACCUAUUAAGGAAUCUAUGUUGCCUCGUAUUUAUAGCCAGCCGACCCAAAAGAUCUUAAAAUCAAAUAAGUACGUCUGAAACAAAAGGAUAUUUACAAAAAUAAAAUUAGCAUCGUUUUUGAUCUUGAUGAGACCCUGGUUCAUUGCAACGAGAGUCUAGCCAUUCCCAGCGAUGUGAUCCUUACUAUUCAGGUUUCUCCUCAAGAAACGAUUAAAGCGGGAAUCAACAUUAGACCUGGGGCUGUUAAAUUGCUAGAAUUAUUGGUCAAUGACUUUGAAUUGAUCAUUUUCACUGCUUCGCAUCCUUGUUAUGCCUAAAAGGUGAUUGAGUAUCUGGAUCCCAAUAAGACCCUCAUCUCCCAUAGUUUGUAUCGUGAUAAUUGCGUAAUGACCACUGGAGGUAUGUACACGAAAGAUCUGAGAAUCUUUGAUCGGCCAUUGAGUCAAUUGGUCUUGAUUGACAAUGCUUCCUAUUCUUAUGCAUGGCAAUUGGACAAUGGGAUUCCAAUAAUCCCAUUCUAUGACAACAAGGAGGACAAAGAGUUGGAAUCGUUACUUAAGUACCUGAGAGGUAUGCAAGGUUGCAAAGAUGUCCGAGAUUACAACAAAGAAAACCUUAAAUUGUACAACUUCUAGGAUCCAUCAGGGCCUGGGGCGGUGUUUGAGAAAUUGUUUCAAUAGAAGAUGGAAAUCUAAUGA